CAAACGUGCAGAACCGCAGUUAACAUGUUCAGCAUCACCGUGCUAUUGCAUCAUUUUAAAACCCCGACAAAUUUCACUUCGUUCAACUAGUUCUCCACCCGCUGCUCUAAACCCCUCAUCACCGGAUGGCUUUAAGAAGGCCUCCCGGGCGCUCGGGCGUCCAGACCACGCGUCAUCUCUCCCCCAACCCCCAUCCCCGGACGCCCCCAGACGCUCGAAUUGGGCGCUGUGUCUUUAAGGGGGAAGCGGCACUUUCCGUCCGGGACAAAAUGUCUGCGAGGAGCCGGGAGGCGAGGGGCCCGGAGCAUCGCGACGCCGGACACUGCAGAAGGAAUGAGGAGUGAAGAGCCCCUGGAGACCAUGGAAGACAGCUGGAGGCCAGGUGACAGCUCAGGCCAGGGCGGCCCCUGUCCCGGCCUGGCACCCGCCGCUCCGGGCCACCUGGGGACGCCGUACACGGAGGCCUGGGGCUACUUCCAUCUGGCCCGGGCUCGGCCCGGGCAUCCGACGCCAUCGGGCACCUGGGCCACGUGCCGGCUGUGCGGGGAGCAGGUGGGCGGCCACCCGGGCUUCCAGGCGUGGACCCGGGCGCUGUGGCGACACCUGAGCGGCGCGCACCUGCGGGAGCUGGAGAAGAGCGGUGCCCGGAGCUCGCCGCCCGCCGCGCCCUGCCCUCCGCCGUCCGGCCCCGCCGCCGCCGCCGCCGCCGCUGCCGAGGGCGACUGGGCGCGCCUGCUGGAGCAGAUGGGCGAGCUGGCGGUGCGCGGCAGCCGGCGCGAGCUGGAGCUGGAGCGGCGCGAGGCGGCCCUCCGGCAGGCGGAACGCGCGCUGGAGCGCAGGCGCAGGGCUCUGCGGCAGGAGGAGCGUGCCAUGGCGCAGGCGCGGCGCCAGCUGCAGGCGGAGCGCGAGGCGCUGAGCGCCUGGCUGCGGGAGCAGACCCCGGGUGCAGGGGUCCCGGCGCCGCCUUCUCCUCCGCCUCCGCUCCUCAAGGAGGACCCCGACGGGGACGUCCUCGGCGACGAUGUGAUCACCAAGGUCCUGCUCUAGCGAGGCCGCUCCAGGAGUAAGCCUAGCCACACGCUACAGGCGCCCGGCAGCGCCCCAAGGACUCCUUCCAGGAGCCUGGAUCGGGUGCAUGGGAUGGACCGCACCGCAAGAGGAACCGGCUCUGGCAACCUCUCCCUAGUGCCUUAGGGCUGGAGGCUUUUAAAGCCAGAAGGUUCUCUAAACACCAAAGACUCAUCCCACCGCCUGCUUAUAUGUAUUGCAGGGGGAGGGACAUGGGAACGAGGCUGAGGUUUUUUUUUUGUUGUUUUUUGUUUUUUUAAUCCAGGAAUCCGGUCUACUCUUUCCUAAUGUUUAAACUUGGCCCAGCACCAAGUUCCAAAACGGGACUUUUUCAUUGACUCCCUGGUUCCCUACCUUCAGCAUCUAUAGAACCCUGCAUUGGGCCGGCCAGUCCCAGAGAUAACCCCUCUUUGCUCCAGUCACCUCACAUGGCUCCCCCUCCUCCCAAGGCCACGAGCACCUCUUUCUUUAACUCAUCUUUCCCUGGAUGGGACCCAGUCAGUGGUAGGUAUAUUCUUCCAUUUCUUGUCUCAUCUCUUGCCACCUAACUAGCAAGACAUCAUCUGUCUAGAAGAGCAGUCCCUUGCCCUACAGGGCCCCAAAGACCUCUCCUUGAACCAAAGGAGAAACCUGAGGCCACACCUCCCCGCCACCUUUCAGCAUCAACCCCUGUCUCAUUCCCUCCCCUUUUCCAGCCUGUUACCCAUGAAGGUCAAGAAGUCCUUGUUGCCCACCCUCGCCAUGCCCCAUACCACUGGUCCCUUCCCAUGCGUCACUGCGGGCUAAGCUACCACCUAAAACCAAAUGUGGUUUUCCCCAGCCCUUGUUCUCCCUCCCUAGUUCCUUUCUUUUGAGGUAGAGCAUGCUUUUCUAAAGUGGUUUUGGUUUUGUUCUGUUUUUUGAAACAGGGUCUUUC